AUUUACGAGAUGCCUUGACGAACACCGAGCCGACGUAAGAAGCACUUUCGGAAUAUUGUAUAUUUUUUGGUCAACUUCUUCAAAUUUUAUUUAAAAAGGUGAAAUUUCCGUAAAAAUACUGAUUACGGUACGGGCACCCCGUAAAAAAUCGCGAAUAAGAUCAACCGCUACUCAAAUUGUGAAGUAAAAAGACUAGUUUUGCCAAGUUUAAUUAUCUUUUUUUAUGCUUAUCGCGCAUGUUUGCAAAGGCACGAUCGUGGCCUACCCGGCAGUAGCCCCGUUGCGUAUUGUCAUUCUCCGAUACGCGUUUGCGCUGGCAAUGAAAGGCGCACUGACGCAGCCGCUGGGAGUUGAGCCAGGUGUUCGAGUUCUGGUCGGUAUACGGUAGUGACCAUACUAGUGUGCUAGUGCUUGCAUAUUAUAAGAUUGAGCUUGAGCCUGAGUGACUGACCCCGACGUUGAAGUAAGGGAAUUUGGAAGGAAAUGUGGCUGUUCAAAGCACAUUUAUGAGGUUUUACUUUCAGCAUCUGAUUUCUAACAGAAGAUAGAAUUGGUUGGAGAGUGUGGAUCAUAUGAAAACUUGGAUUGCCAUUGACUGAAUUGAAAGUGAUACAUGUAGUUUGUCUUGAACAUGACCAAAAAACAAUAACUUGAUCUCUUCACAUGCUGAUAAAGAUUAGGUUGUCUGUUAAGAUAUAAACGUAUUUAAUAUUCGUUGGCAUCAGCAUCACUCUUAGGCACUGUCACCAUGGCGUCUGGACUCCGAAGACUACCAGUGCUUUUUCAACAGCCUUUUCGUCGAGCGAGCUUCGUAGACAGAGCAACCAAAGAUGCCAAAUCCAGGAACCCUUUGAAAUGGACUGACUACGGCGAUAGCCUUAAGAUAGCUAGACCCCCAAGGCACGCAGACAUUGUUGUGAUUGGGGGCGGGGUCAUGGGCUCCAGUGUGGCCUAUUUCCUGAGGCGGCAGGCUCAGGCAGGAGUAAGCGUUUGUGUCAUAGAGAGGGACAUGAGUUAUACCAGAGCUUCUAGUUCGCUUGCUGUUGGUGGGAUCAGACAACAAUUUUCGGUUCCAGAAAAUGUCUACAUGUCUCUAUACAGUGCACACUUCCUUCGGAAUAUCAAGCAAAAUCUUUGUGUCGAUGACCGAGAUCCUCCUGAUAUUCAGUUUAACCAUCAAGGGUACCUCACGCUUUCCUCUCAGGCCAAUGCUCAUAUCUUGGAACAGAACUACAAGCUACAGACUGAACUUGGUGCAAAGGUCGAACUUAUGUCAUCGAUGAGACUGAAAGAACGGUUUCCAUGGUUGAACACCGAUGAAGUAGAAGUUGGUACAUAUGGUUUAGAGAAUGAAGGUUGGUUUGACCCAUACCUUCUAACGAGGUCCUUCAAGCAGAAAGCAGAAUCCCUGGGAGCACAGUACUGCCUUGGGGAAGUGGUGGGCUUUGAAUGCAGCAAACUUGACAAACAAUUGAGUGUUCCAGAGUUCUAUGUAGGCCAAGGAAAGAGGAUUAAGGCAGUCAAGGUUAGAAUGCCGAACAGCCCAGAAGUAAUCGAUGUCCAGUGCGCCUUUGCAGUGGUCUGUGCCGGCUCCUGGUCUGGCGAGGUCACGACCACGUUGGGCAUCGGUCAAGGAACUGCUGAAGAAUUGAUGGAUGUUCCCUUGCCCGUGGAACCCAGGAAGAGAUAUGUCUAUGUGGCCCACUGCCCGGAUGGUCCUGGUCUCGAUUGUCCUAUGAUUGUCAACGUUGAUGGGGUCUAUACCCGGAGGGAAGGGCUGGGAGGGAACUACCUCAUGGGAUCUUGUCCACCAGAAGAGGCGGAACCAGACUGUGAAAAUCUCAAUGUAGAUUAUGAUUUCUUUGAAGAAAAGGUGUGGCCUUCAAUGGCAAACAGAGUUCCAGCCUUUGAAAAUUUAAAGCUAAAGAGUGCAUGGGCUGGUUUCUACGACUACAACACGAUCGACCAGAACGCCAUCAUCGGAACCCACCCUGCUUUUCCAAACCUCCUUCUUGCAACAGGAUUUAGCGGUCAUGGUAUUCAGCAGUCGCCGGCAGUUGGACAAGCAAUAAGCGAUCUUAUAUUUGAAGGAAAGUUUGUGGAGAUUGACCUGAACAGAAUGGGCUUUGAGCGAUUUCUCAAUAAACAACAUGUCAGAGAAUCAAAUAUCUAUUGAUUGCAGGUUGCAAUUGAUCGCAGUAGAAUAAAAUGGGUGGUGUGCUUUUAUUGCGGCAAUCGAUCACUGGAAAAUAAAUGAUAUCAGUUGAUGGAUCGAAGGAGAACUAAAUGAUAGCAUUCUAUCUAUUGAUUGCUUACAGCAAUGGAUUGCAGAAAUGAUAGCAUGCUAUCUUAUGAUCGCGUACCGCAAUGGAUUGCAGGAAAACCAAAUUAUAGCAUUCUAUCUAUUGAUCGCGUACCGCAAUGGAUUGCAGGAAUGAUAUGAUAGCAUUCUAUCUAUUGAUCGCUUUUACAGCAAUGGAUCACAAGAGAACUAAAUGAUAGAAUUUAUUGCUUGUAAGAGAACUUAAUGAUAGCAUUUUAUCUAUCACUGAUGGCAACGGAUUGCAGUAGAGCAAAACGAUGGCAUUUCACCUCGUGAUCACUUGCAGCAAUGGAUCACAGAAGCACUUAAUGAUAGCAUUUUAUCUAUUAAUCCCUAAUGGCAAUGGAUUGCAGGAGAACAAAAUGAUGGCAUUUAUCUAGCGAUCGCUUGUAGCAAUGGAUCGCAGAAGAGCUAAAUGAUGGCAUUCUAUCUAUUAAUCACUAUUAAUCUCAGGAGGACUAGGUUUUUUUUUUAAUCUAUUGAUCGCGUGUUGUAGUGAUGGGUCACAGUCACAAAGUGAUAACAUUCUAUCUAUUAAAGGUCAAGUCCACCCCGGAAAAUUGGUGAUUUGAAUAAAUAGAGAAAAAUCAAACUAGCAUAAUGCUGAAAAUUUCAUCAAAAUCGGAUGUAAAAUAAGAAAGUUAUGGUAUUUUAAAGUUUCGCUAUUUUUCACAAAACAGUGAUCUGCACAACUCAGUGACAUGCAAAUGAGUCAGUCGAUGAUGUCCAUCACUCACUAUUUCUUUUGUUUUUUAUUGUUUGAAUUAUACAAUAUUAUCAUUUUUUUACAGAUUUGACAAUGAGGACAAACUUGACUGAACCAUGUAGUAUUCAACAAUGCUAAUUCCACGUGUUCAGGGAGGAAUUAGUCAAUGUUUUAGUUGACAGUGAGGAGAAAAUUAGAAUUUUUCAUAUUUCAUAUAAUAAAAUGCAAAAGAAAUAGUGAGUGGAUGAUGUCAUCAGUCUCCUCAUUUGGAUACCGACCAGGAUGUGCAUAUAACUGUUUUGUGAAAUUAAGCGAAACUUUAAAAUGUCAUAACUUUCUUAUUUUACAUCCGAUUUUGAUGAAAUUUUCAGUGUUGUGCUUGUUGGAUUUUUUAUUCAAACCAAAUUUUUGUUGGGGUGGACUUGUCCUUUAAUCACUGGUAGCUCAAAGGUGGUUCUAAAACCACAGUCUAGAAACUUGGGUUACAUGUAUGCAGAUUUCAUUAAUUCAUGAUGCUUAGUUCAGCAUGUUCAUUGAGGAAGAGUCCAAUAAUGAAGGCAAGCUUUUGUCAUAUGGGCUCAAUGUGUAUUUGUACUGUAUAGCCCAUCUGAACAGUAACGUAACCACUUUAUCUGCACCCCUAGUAAAAACCAUGUGUUCUUUAUUUUUGAAUUAUAUAUAAAGUUUGCCUCCCUAAUAUACUUCUUUGAAAUGGAAAUAAACAACUUUCAUAAAAGCCUUGUAUGAGGACACUUUUCACUUAUGUCGACUUUUCAUUUUAUGCAUGUCCAAAUCAUGUAACAUGAGUAACCGACACAUUUCAAACUAAGAUUUCCCAGGAGCAUAAUCAAAUUUCCCAAGUUUUGUUUUUAUACAAAGGAUAGUCAGACUGCGUACUUUGUUGUGAUAAAGAGAUGUUUAGUUCCUAUCAAUAAUAAUGGAGUUACAGCUCCAAGUAUGGGUCAAGGUAUCUCCAAAUGUAACGUGAGUAAUCGUGGAAUAGCCCAUAUGGUUCUUGAUCCUCGCGUAUUAUUGUUAUUGCAUGAAAUAACAACUGUUUAUGUAAAUUAAUUGAAAUAAACAGUGGGCUCAUCGAUCAAUUCAAAACAGUAGGCUGACUUAUGUAACAAGUGUGAAUAAUGCGCAGUGUUAUGAAACCACAAAUUUAUUACUGGACACAUUUUUUGCUGAAAUAAGUGUAAUAAAUGUAUGAAAUCUUGAUAUAUUUUUCUUUUUAACCAUUGAUUCAAAACCACCUCUAAAUUUGGGUCUGUUUGUUUGUUUUGGGGAUUUAAUUAAAAAAAUAAAUAUAUUUGUACAUUUGUCUAUUACAGCACAUGUGCAAUACUAAGUGUUUCUCUGUGUCUCAGCAUCAUGAAUAAAAAUCUUUCUAAAAAAGUUGACAGAAGAAAUAAAGAGACAGAAAAUUGUUUAGAACUAUUUAGAAACUAUAGACAUGUAAAACCCUUGUAUUUUCCCAGAUGAGGCUGCAAAGUCCAUCAUCAUCAUCUGCUUAUUCAUCACUAUCAUCAUCAUCAUCAACAUUAUUUUUUGUAUGCUGCACUAUUUUUUUUAUAUUUUGUUAAACUUUUCAAUUUUAUUUGGCUCAUAAAAAAAUGAAUCCUAGACAUUUUUUUUUCAUAAUGUUAUCUUGAUUAUCAUGAAUACAUGGAGAUGAAACUUAUUUUAGAGGUUAGAACGUCUAAUUUGAUGUAACUUAUAAUACACAUACCUCACAAAUAUUGAAUGCAUUUUGAAUAAAGGGUACCAAUUACCAAUAAGUUAUUGGUGGGUGUUCGAUAGAUUUCAGAGAGAAAAUUACACUUCUCGAAGUUCAUUUAGCUUGCAUCAAAUGAAAGAAGAGGGCCAAAGCUUAAUAAUUACCUAUCAUUUAUCAAUUUUAAUUGUAUGUUAUUAUAUGACAUUAAUGGGGCGUUGCAAGAAACUUGUGAUCAAUUGAAAGUCUAUUUUUGGUUCCUAAAUCAAUCAUAUGUCUUGCAAAUUUGUGAUUGAUUGCUGAUCUGAUGCUUGCAACAAGGAUUGUAAAUUGAUUUUCUAGAUUGAUCUAUUGAUUGUUAAAUUGCAACAAAAUAUUUGCGAUUAGUUGCCAAUAUUUUCUUGCAACACCCCCUAUGACAUGUCAAUAAUUAUUUUCAGGCUUUCUUUUUCAUCUUGUCUAGAUACUCAUGUUAAUGCAUACAUGUACAUUUGUUUUCUAUUUGCAAAUUUGGAAGUUAAUCAUUUAUUUUUAACCAUAUCUCGGCCGGGGUAUUUUUGGAGAUCAUAUGGCCGGGGGCCCCCCUUGAGAUCUCGGCCGUCGAUCGUGCCAAAAAUUGGCACGCAGCUUGCCUGGAACAUAAUCUAAAAAAUUCUGUAUUAAUUUAUUUCAUGCAAAUCGUUAUUUAUUAAUUAUGCUAAUUUAUGCGUAAUCAGUAUGCAAAAUCAUACUUUUUCCUCUAAUCCCCUAUAUAAAGCUCCAAAUGUUCUAAUCUUUGGUGUAGAAACUCUUUGUGGUGUUCUCAGCAAAUGAACAUGAAAAAAAUUGCGACAUAAGAACGAAUUUCUAAUGUAUAAUAUUGUUUUUUGCAAUUUCUUAUGUAUUUCUUUGUUUUUUGGACCUUUUUAUUGUUUUUUCAAUGAACUUUGUUGGGGACCCUUUUGAGAUCAUAAAAAGCAUAAAAUAAAUUCAUUUAGACCAGCAAAACUAAAAAUAAUCAUACAAUUAUGUUUAUGGGUUGAAAACACAAUUUGCAUCGACUUUGUACACGAAAUCACGUUUUUGAGCAAUUUUUGGUCUGACAUGCACUAACAAAAUGUUGCGUAAUAUCGGAACCGCGUACCCGGUCGUCGCAAAUUUGGUCUCAAAAGAUGCACAAGACUUGAAAGUAAAAAGUCGGUGAGCGGCGCGGUCAAAAAAUAUUCCGCGAAUCGUUGAGGGGGGGGCCUAGAUAGGGUUAAAAGAUAAAUAUUUGUGUCCAUGUCUACUUCGAAUGUCUUCCAUGUUUGUAAAUAUUUAAAAAUACGAUUGUGUAUGUAUUUUUCAAAACAUUUCUUUAAUGGACACUCAUUGGUUUUUUCUGGAAUAUGUUACAAACUAAAUAUAAAAGGAUAUUGAAAGUUCUGAUGUCCCAUAGAAUAAUCAUCUAAAACAUUUCAUUCAAUAGUGAACCAAAAUACGACCAUGAAAUGUUUUGCGAUAAUUAACAGUAAAUGUCACAAUGCCAUUUUUGUUGCCCAUGUAGGUACCUCCCAGAUGUGUACACCUAGAGUAUGUACUGAUUAUAAGCAUGCGAGAAUGGUAAUACUUUUUUUUAUAUAGUCAUCAGUCAUUCAACUGCGAAUUGAAAAGCAGUACAUGUAACUUAUAGAGUACCGAAGCGAUGACGUCAGUUGCCAUGGUGUUGUCAUGGUGGCCUGGUUCUAAACAGAUGAAAGCGUGUGUUUCUCAUAGGAGAAAAUGGCUGCUAUCGGAUUUGAUCGCUUGCAACCUAUUUUUCAGACGAGCCAAAGCCAUACAAAUGUUUACAGACAAUCGUCAGCUGCGACUGUUCAGAACCAGCCAGCCAUGACACCAUGGCAACUGACGUCACACUUUGGUACUCCAUAGUACAGGAAAAAGUCCAAUCAUGGCACCGCAAAAAUCUGUUAACUUCAGAGAAAUUCAACUUAUAAAUCGCAUUUUGCAUAAUGUGAUUUGCACAUUGCUUUGACUAUUCAAUUUUAUAGAUGGUAGACUAACGCAGGUUUUCCUGUACUACCAAUUGUUUCAACGAUAUUCCUAAAAUAUACAUUGAUCAUGCAUUUACAUGUAAAGUUAUUC